AUGUCCUAUGUCUUCAUCAACGAUUCGUCGCAGAUUAACGUGCCUCUGCUGCAGUCCUGCAUCGAUGGAGACCUCCCCUUUGCAAAGAGGCUCCUGGAGACCGGAUGUGACCCCAACAUCCGCGACAACCGGGGUCGCACCGGUCUGCACUUAGCUGCGGCGCGGGGCAACGUGGACAUCUGUCGCCUGCUGCAUAAAUUCGGGGCGGAUUUGUUAGCGACGGAUUACCAAGGCAACACGGCGCUGCACCUGUGCGGACAUGUGGAUACCAUCCAGUUCUUGGUGUCCAAUGGGCUAAAGAUCGAUAUUUGUAAUCACAACGGCUCGACACCCCUGGUGCUGGCCAAGAGACGCGGCGUGAACAAGGAUGCCAUCCGACUGCUGGAGGGCCUGGAGGAGCAGGAAGUGAAAGGCUUCAACCGAGGGACGCACUCCAAACUAGAAACCAUGCAGAUGGCUGACAGCGAGAGCGCCAUGGAGAGCCACUCUUUGCUUAACCCCAACCUUCAGAGCAGUGAAGGCGUCCUGUCCAGCUUCCGUACCACUUGGCAGGAGUUUGUGGAAGACCUGGGCUUCUGGAGGGUCCUACUCCUGUUGGUUGUCAUCGCCCUCCUUUCCUUGGGCAUCGCCUACUAUGUCAGCGGCGUGCUGCCUUUCUCCAGCAGCCAACUAGAGCUCGUACACUAA